GUCUAUUCUUGAUGCGCGUCGAACCACGUGCGUGUCAUGCGGUGCAGUGGCAAAAAAUAUCUGCGAUGCGCGCGCGCGCCAACAGCGAAUGCGAAUGCGCGGAAAUCCACGGGAACAUGUCGGUCUUUCACACGUACGUAACGGGCCUGGAUCUUUGCGUCUAGCGGAACCCCGACACAGGAUCUGCCAAGGGUCGACGAUGCGGGGAGAGUGUGCAUGCUCGAGGCAGCGAUUAGGUGGCUAUAAUCUCCCAGCGCCGCGAAGAGCCAAUCCCGCCGGAGGAUGGCCUCCAGACAGAUGUCGACGGUGACAGGCACUGUUCGGUCCAGUCGGCGCGUGGGCGGCCAGUGGCUGGGGUCCGCGCCCGAUUCUCGGGAGGCCUGUUGGUCGUCGGCUGAUGCGCGCUCACCGGCGGAGACGGCGGCUCAUCGUGCGGCGGGUGAUCGCUCUUCCCGAGAAGGCUCCCACGCCUCCCGCCCACGUGUCUUCUCAUGGAAAUUCUGCGCCGCCCAAUGCGCUGCUGUGUGCGGCCUGUGCGCCUCGGCGUCCCGUGCGACGACCAUCGAGUUGUGUGUCCCAUCGUUGCCACCUCAUGCGAGCUGCGUGGCUCGGCGACUACAACGAUGGACUCGAUGCGAAUCAGCCGCGCAGUACACCCGAGACGGCCGGGUGGUUCCUGGUGUUACCCCUGCUGAUCAUCCCGGUUUUGUUCUGAUGAUCGCAGCCAACGAGCCCAGACAAUCCUGGUUACGAGCGCGCUUUCUUUUUACUUCCGCUAUAGCGCCCGCCCCCUUUGCCCCACCCCGGGAGCAUGUGGCGCAUUGUCCCGCCCAUCACAACGCGUCCGUGGUGAGGCACUCCCUCCCCGCCUUAUUCAGCCACUUCCCAGCCAGCCACCCCCCGCUCCAUCAGACCGUCCUUUCCGUCCUCUUCGACGGGGGUCCUCUUCCUCUCUCUCCCCUUCGACGGGGGUCCUUUGCAAUUCUCUCCCCUCUCCGCUCCGCACCGCACACAUUACCGCUCCCUUGCCAGCGCUACUCUCCCCUGCCCCAUUCCUAUCUGUUUCUAUGCACCGCCGCGCAACCGCGGUACAAUCGCAGCCGCGCAGACAAAUAUGUUUGCCCUCUGCCCCGCCCGCGCCUUCCCAUCUCAGGCCCAUACGUCUGAUCACCGUGUCAUCCCUGCGGCCAUCUGCCUGCGGUACAACGGCUUCCCCUGCCGCGACUAGCUAGCGUCACCUGCCUACGCUUCCAGCGCCAGCGCCGUGCGUGCAGCCACAAGGACCUAUCU